AUGGCAGCCAACGCCCCUCCCACCGCAGAGACCCUGCUCAGCGGCGCUGCUGCUCAUCCUCCCAAGACCGCCGAGGAGAUCGCUCACCAGUAUGAUCUGCUGCCCCGAUUGAUCCCGUAUCUCGACCGUCACCUGGUCUUCCCGCUGCUCGAAUUCAGCGCGGGCACCGACGAGGAGGACAAGGAAAUCACCCGGGCCAAGUAUGAGCUUCUCAAGCACACCAACAUGACCGACUAUGUCGCCAAUCUGUGGAAGGAAAUGAACGACUCCGACUCGAUUCCCGACGAGUUCGUCAAGAAGCGCGAGGAGGUGCUGGCAAAGCUGCAGCACUACCAGGACCAGAGCGAGAAGAUCACCGAGCUGUUGCAGGACGAGGAUGUCGUGGGCAACCUGCGCAGCGACAAAGCCGCUAACUUGCGGUUCCUCGAGGAGCAGCACGGCGUCACCAACGAGAUGGUCAACAGUUUGUUCGACUAUGGCCGAUUCCAGUACAGCUGCGGUAGCUACGGCAAUGCCGCCGAGCUGCUGUACCAGUUCCGAGUGCUGUCAACCGACAACGACAAGGUGGCCUCUGCCACGUGGGGUAAGCUCGCCUCAGAGAUCCUGACCACCAACUGGGAGGGGGCGAUGGAGGAAGUGCAGAAGGUGAAGGAUUCCAUCGAGACGCGCCUGUUCAACAACCCUCUGGGCCAGCUCACCAACCGAUCCUGGCUCAUUCACUGGUCGCUAUUCCCCUUCUUCAACCACGACCCCGCCCGCGAUGUCCUGACCGACCUCUUCUUCUCCCCCGCCUACAUCAACACCAUCCAGACCAGCUGCCCCUGGGUUCUGCGCUACCUUGCCGCCGCCGUCAUUACCAACCGCAGCCGCCCGCACAAGCAUAUGGGCGUCUAUCAGAAGCAAUUGAAGGACCUGAUUCGCGUGGUGCGCCAGGAGGGCUAUGAGUACACCGAUCCGAUUACCGACUUUGUCAAGGCGUUGUAUGUCGACUUUGAUUUCGAGGAGGCCCAGAAGAAGCUGGGUGAGGCCGAGGACGUGCUACGCAGUGACUUUUUCCUGGUGUCUGCGGCUGACGCCUUCGUCGAGGCUGCCCGUCAUCUCAUCUCGGAGAGCUACUGCAAGAUUCACCAGCGAAUCGACAUCAAGGACCUUUCGACUCGUCUCGGUCUCAGCCAAGACGAGGGUGAGAAGUGGAUCGUCAACCUGAUCCGCGACACUCGGGUUGAUGCCAAGAUCGACUACAAGGAGGGUACAGUGAUCAUGAACCACCCGCCGCAGUCGGUCUACCAGCAAGUUAUCGAGAAGACGAAGGGUGCCUUCUUCCGGACACAAGUCCUGAGCUCGGCCGUCGCAAAAUGA